AUGGGCCUCGAUGCCGAAACAAACCCCGACAAUCCGCAUAUCGUCAGCCCCGCCGUGGCAGACGACAACACCAUCCUCGAGACGUAUCUAUCUCCUCUGCCUGGCUCUCGCAGACGCAUGAUUCGACCGACAGCAAAUGGGGCUCGCCCGGUCCUCUUCAACACAGUGCAGCGUCGUCCGCUGGGAGUUUCAUGCAACCAGUCUAUGGCAAGCAGUAAAUGUCAGAUCAUCGAGAAACUGAUCGAGCCGUACGAGCACGACCUGAUUGAUCUAUUCUUCACCCACUUCAACCCCUGCUUCCCCCUCUUCGACGAGUCUUCCUUCCGCAAAAUCUACACAAACCACCGGCACAAGAUAUCCCCAGCCCUACUAUCUAACCUGUACGCCAACGCCCUCAUCUACUGGGGCUGCUCUCCUACCUUGCAGGGCACCCGUCCCCCGGACGGUCGCUUCAUCUGGGUUCUAGCCUGCGAAGCGCUACACUCGGAGAUGUUCCUCGCCCCUGGGACAUCGACUGUCCUGGCUAUUAUUCUGAACGUCUGCGGACGGCCCAGUACGUCUGUCUUUGGCAACGGCGGUCUGAUGGGCAUGGCGGUGUCGCUGAGCCAUGCGCUGGGUUUGAACCGCGAUCCGUCCGGUUGGGACAUCUCGCCCGCGGAGAAGGCGUUUCGUGUGCGGAUUUGGUGGUGUAGUCUGGCGUAUGGCACUCCGCUGCAGAUCCACCGCUCCCAAUACGAUGUGCCUCUCCCGUCGUGUACACCAGAGCAGACUCCUUCGUCUGCAUCGCAGAUCUUCACAUCCUUGGUAUCCUUAACAGAGGUGUUGGGAAGGUCUCUCGAGCAGGUCUACAGCGUCGACUCUGUCUCCUCCUCCUCCUCCUCCUCCUCCUCCACCACCACCACACCAGAUUCACUCGCCGCCCUCCUAAUAGACUGGGAAAACACACUCCCCCCAGAGGUUAAACCCAUCAUCCUAGACAACACCAACCUCCACUACCCAGGCGCAGCCAACCUCCGCCUCGCCCACCUAGCAGUCACCCUACUACACCGCCGCAUCCAGCUCAACCUCCACACGACACCCUCAUCCGACACAGAGCAAUACAGCGCUGCCCACACCUCAGCAGAAUCCAUCGUGCACUUCGUGCAGCGUCUCCACGAGACUCCUUUCCCCGGCUUUUGGAUCCCAAUGAACGCGUACGCCCUCACCUCCGCGACGACUUUCCUACUGCGGAGUGCGCUUCAUGAGUCUGCGCACAGCGCACUCUCGUUACAGCUGGCGAGGGAGAUGGUGUGUGCUCUGAAAAAUCUAAGAGAUCGACCCACCUGUCUCGAGACCGGCCACAUCGCGCUCGGACCCACCGAUGGCCUCAUUUUCAUAAGCAACAUCUUCCCCACAAAACUCCAAUGGCUGCUCACCCCGCUAGGCGGCAGCGCCGCCUACGCUUCCAUCCUGAAGCGUCUGGGUAGACCGCAAAUUGCGGCGUCGGACCCCGUGCGGAUUGUGGAGCGCGCGUUUCCUGCUUCCCAAGACGUGGAGAUUAAGGAGGUCGUUCCCCAGUUUUUGGAAGGGGGCGCGUUUGUGCGCUUUUCGUCGUUGUCGCAGACAGAUCCCGGCCAGAAAAGCCGAGAGAAAACCAUCGAAGAAGCAGUGCACGAGCACCUCGCACAGCACCCCAUCCGACCAUGGUUCAGUCCCUUCCGCACAGCGUCUGUCCACGCCGUGCGCGGACACCCGUGGAUCGAAGACCUGUAUCGCAUUCCGAGCCAGCGUCUGCGCGUGGACUUUCUCCCCAUGAACGGAGAUACCCCCGGGACCGUGACUGUUGAAACUCUCUAUUCACUGUUCAGAAGGUACGGCAAACUGCGCAAUGUUGAGGUCGUGCAGCCCGACCCGAAGAGCCCCCCGCGGUACGCGCACGUCGAGUUCUCGCGCGCGCAGCCUGCCGUUGUCGCCAAGAGCUGUCUGCACGGGUUCACCCUUCCCGGGUACAACGGCAACAGCACAACGUUGAAAAUUAACUACGCGCGGAAGAUCAAGCUCGCUGCGAUCCGCGACUGGGUGUUUUCGCACCCGCGCAUCGUCAUCCCGCUGCUGGCGGCUCUCGUCGCAGCCAUAACAGUGACAGUCUUCGACCCGAUCCGGCAUUUCUUCAUAGAAAUGAAGAUCAAAGCGACGCUGCAGGCGGAGGAGAAUGCCAUCGUACGCUGGGUAAGCAGACAAUUUGAUGAGGCGAACCGACGAUACAGUUCCUUCUUCGGCGGGAGGAGAGAUGGCCGGCCUGACCCGCGCGGGCUCGCAGCCAUCUGGGCCGACCGGGAGGCCGACAUCGCGCAGCUGCGGGCGUGGCUGAGCGAUACGCCGGAGACGUUUAUCGUCGUACAUGGCCCCCGCGGGAGCGGCAAGCGUGAAAUGGUUCUUGACCGCGCGCUGCAGGGCCGGCGGUAUAAGCUUACGAUUGACUGCAAACCUAUCCAGGAGGCGCGCGGCGACGCGGCGAAGAUUGCGCGUGCCGCGGCGCAGGUCGGCUACUGGCCAGUGUUUUCGUGGAUGAAUAGCCUGUCGAGUCUGGUCGAUCUAGCUGCGCAGGGCGUCAUCGGCGCGAAGGCCGGGUUCUCGGAGACGCUGGACGCGCAGCUGAGCAAUGUUUGGGCAAGUACGGCGACGGCGCUGCGGGCUGUGGCGCUCGAGGGACGGCGGAAGACGGACCGCGACGCGCAUCUCUCGGAUGAUGAGUACCUUGAGACGCACGCGGAGGCGCGGCCUGUCGUUGUGGUCGAGAACUUUUUGCAUCCGGGCAGCGAGACUGGUGUCGUGGACGAGAAGAUCGCUGAGUGGGCUUCGGGCUUGGUAACGGGGAAUAUUGCGCAUGUUAUCUUCCUGACGGCUGAUGUGUCGUUUGCGAAGCCGCUGGGUCGCGCGUUGCCCAACGCUGUGUUCAAGACGAUUGCGCUGGGCGACUGCUCGCUUGACGUGGCGCGUCGGUUCGUGCUCAGCCAUUUGGCGGAUACGGAUGCGCCGGGGGAGGGCGAGCUAGAGGCGCACGGGCUGGGAAGCUGUAUUGAAGAGCUGGGGGGUAGGGUGACUGACUUGGAAUUUAUGGCCCAUCGGGUUGAAGCGGGGGAGUCGCCUAGAGCGGCCGUCAACCGUAUAAUCACCCAAUCCGCCACGGAAAUCCAAAAACUCUUCCUCCUCAACGACUCUACCACCCACCCCUGGACACCCGCCCAAGCAUGGUACCUAAUCCGCGCCCUAUCCCAAUCCAAGACCCACACCCUCCGCUACACGCAAGUCCUCCUCUCCGACCUCUUCAGCAGCACAAACGGCGAAGCCACCCUCCGCGCACUAGAACAAGCCGAGCUGAUCACCAUCACGACGAAAAACGGCUGUCCGGAGACCAUCCGGCCCGGGCGACCGGUGUACCGGGCCGUGUUCCGGCAGCUGAUGGCCAACGAGUCUCUGCGAGGACGCAUGGAGUUGUUGAUUUUGGGGGUGUUGACGGCGAGGGAGACUGCGCGGAUUGCGCAGUGCGAGGAGGAGUUGGGGGUCUUGGGGGCGCUGCCGAAGCAGCCUUGGGAGGUGGGGGGGAGGGUCAAGUGGUUGCUGGGGAGGGUUUAUGAGGCGCAGAGGAAGGUGGAGGGGUUUGAGAGGGAGGGCUCUGUGUUGAAGAAGUUGUUGGGGGUGUGA